AAUAACCGCCACCAGUUGCUUAGAAAAAGAAAAAGAAAGAAAAAGAAAAAUUAAAAAUUAACAAAGAAACACGUGUUUUCUUGGCUCAUUGUUCUCUGUUUUAUAUCAUCAAAAUGGGAGUUCCAGAUAAAGAUCCUCUCUCCCAGUUGAGUUUACCUCCUGGUUUCAGAUUCUUCCCUACUGAUGAAGAGCUUCUUGUUCAGUACCUAUGUCGCAAAGUGGCAGGACACCAUUUUUCUUUGCCAAUUAUUGCUGAAAUUGAUUUAUACAAAUUCGAUCCAUGGGUUCUUCCAGGUAAAGCGAAUUUCGGUGAGAAAGAGUGGUAUUUCUUCAGUCCAAGGGACAGAAAAUAUCCUAAUGGUUCACGACCAAACAGAGUUGCUGGGUCGGGUUACUGGAAAGCUACUGGAACUGACAAAAUCAUCACCACUGAAGGUAGAAAAGUUGGCAUAAAGAAAGCACUUGUUUUCUAUAUUGGUAAAGCACCAAAAGGCACCAAAACGAAUUGGAUUAUGCAUGAGUAUCGCCUUCUUGACACUUCAAGAAAACACAACCUUGGUAGCUCCAAAUUGGAUGAUUGGGUUUUGUGUCGCAUAUACAAGAAGAACUCAAGCUCGCAAAAGGAAGUUCAAUCGUUUUCUGGGAAAGAAUAUAGCAAUGGUUCAUCGCCUUCUUCAUCCUCCCAUGUGGAGGAUAUGUCGGAUUCGUUUCCGGUAAUUGACGACCAGAGCUUUGCGCUUCCGCGGGUGACAUCGCUCAGAAUGUUACAGCAAGAGGAGAAGUUCGGGUUUCAUAACAUGGGCGCCGGAAUUUUCUCUGAUUGGGUUAACCCAACGGAGUUUGACUCGAUACCCGAAUUUGAUUCCGGGAGCCAAACACAGGGGAUGUUGAAUUACAGCUGUAGUGACUUUUGUGUCCCUUCAGCUCCGCCGUUUGGCCAGAUGGACUUCUCGGCGGGAUUUAGGAACCCCACGGAAGAAGAGGUUCAGAGUGGCAUGAAGACUCACCGGGUUACCGAUAAUGAUAAUUUCAAUUUGUAUCAGCAUAAUCAAAAUGCGUUUUUGUCGGGCCUAGACGGCCCGUUUGGGUUUGGGUUUUCGGGUCAUUAAUUAGGUUUAUAGACUAAGAAGUUGUUUAUGUCAUGAUAAUUUAGAAGAAAAAAAUAUUUAAAUUAAAGCAAACGAACCUCAUAUAAAGGCUAAACAGAAUCACCAACUUCAAAUACUGGCAAUGAAAUUUAUUUAGAAUCUACACAAGAAUUCUAAGCAUAUGUGUCAAUCGGAAAUGCACUGCAUAUGUGCAAAUAAUUGGUGAUUUUUUGGCAAUUCAACGUGAGUGUGACGGUUUAGUUUGGUUUGGUUAUGGAUCAUAAAAGUAGAAAGACAAAAAAUGCAGUUUUGGUCCUGGUGAAUGUAGGAAUACGCAAGGAAAUAUAGAAUGAAUCCGUGUACUGGUUAGUGACAAAGAAAGUAACUAUGGAAAUUGGGAUGGUGCAUGAACCCAUUGGAGCUGAAAAAGGGGUUCUGUUUUCAACUUUGCAUGACAUUAUUUAGCUGUAGUAGGCACAUUUCGGCUCGCGCAUGUGGAACACGUUCUACCUAAACACAAUAUUGCGGCUGUUUUCAGAAGUUGGUUUAUAUUUUGUAUAUUGUUCUUGAUAUCCUAUAGGUUGUGGACAACGCGACAAAUUGAUUUGCAAUAAAGGAUGUAUAUAUAGAUUA